AUGGAUGAUUACUGCUUCAAGUGGAAGGUAAAGCAUCAGUGGGGAGAUAAAAGCAUAUUUAGUGAAUAUUUUAACUCCUAUAAUUACACCUGGAGGCUUGGCUUGGUGUCUGUAAGCAGGCCAUAUGUGUACUUAGAGUAUUUUGGGUACUUGACAUUUGAAGUGUUUACAGACUAUGUCAUAUGCAUAGAGUACGCGGAUGGAGAAAAAGAAGAAAAAAGAGUGACAUUUGGCUUUGGAAGCCAGCUGGAGUUUGGGGUGGAGGUGCAGCCAAAGGAAAAGAAGACCAUCACAAUAAAAAUACUCUCGGCAGUGCGGUGCUACGAGGCCAAAAAAGACACACCCUACACAGGGCUAAUAAAUUUGGGCGCGACCUGCUAUUUAAACACGAUUAUGCAAACGCUCUUCCACAUAAAAGGCUUUGUCAAGGAGCUUUUCAAGCAAGCGCCCGGAAAAAAAACUGUUCAGAUGCAGAAGCUGUUUUACCAGCUGGGGAAAAAUGCAAUGUAUGCGGACACCAAAGAAUUCACGCACGCAUUCAAGCUGAAGGACGAAGACAUAGACGAGCAGCAGGACAUCCAGGAGUUCUUCAAAGCUCUUCUGGACGAGCUUGAAAAGGAGGCAAAGGGAACGCCUUUCUUCAAGUAUAUUGAGGACACUUUUUAUGGGACGCUGGGAACAACGAUUCGGUGCGAAAAGGGGUGUGUCCGGGAAAUUACAGAAAAGUACAAUGACCUCCAGCUGGUGAUGGAUCUCCCAUACAAUGAGAGCUCGAGAACGUCGCUAGAAGACUCUUUGCACAACUACAUCAGCGUGAUGCACCUAAAGGAGCCAAACUUAUACCACUGCGAAAAGCACGAAUACGUUCCUGCGACAAAGUCUGACUACUGCAAGACGUUUCCGCCGGUUCUGUUUCUGCAGAUAAAGCGGUUCAACAUGGACUACGAGACAGGCGAGGUGUACAAGCUGAACAACUACUACUCGUUCCCCAGCACGCUCGACUUGUCUCCGUACACGCAAAACAAGGCGGUCGACAACCGAUACACGCUCUAUGCAGUCAACGUGCACCAAGGAAAUGGCAUGUCGGAGGGGCACUACUAUGCAUACAUAAAGAAGCACGACGGAUGGUACAAGUUUAACGACAGCUAUGUCACCCGGUGCAUGGAGGAGGAGGCCAUACAGGAGACGUUUGGAGGGCGCCAUGCAUACAAGAACAAGAUAAAAACAGCAAACGCCUACUACCUGGUGUACGUUAGAACGUCGCAAAUGGAGGAGAUGCUCAAUGCAAACAUUGAGGUGGUGCCCGAGGACGUCAGAAGCUCGAUUGAAAAGGAGCUUUUUCUCUCAAAAAAGGCGCGGCUGGAGGUAUACAUGCCAAGCAUACUCAAGGGGUACUGGGGCCUGGGAUACUUCUCGGACGACCACCAAUACUUGAGAGUCUCCCCGGGCGUGCUGGAGCUAGAGAACUCACAGUCGUACAACCAGGUGGUGGCGCAGGUGAAAAAGCUGCUCUCUCGGCCGAAUGCAGCCAUAGACUCUAUUCUGCUGUACUCUAUUGAAAGGGAGACGGCGCUUCGGCAGGUCAGGGAGGGGUCUAUUGUGGCAGACAUGGCCGGCAGCUCGCUGUUUGCUAUAGAGGCAGACAAAAAUAUAACCAAAGACGACUCGUUUAUUCUAUUUAUAAAACAGGCAAAAGCGAUGGGGCAGCCGUACGACCUAAAGGUGCUUAUAGACAUAAAGUCGGUACACGUUGUGAACAAAAAGGCGUGUGUAAAGGAGUGGAUCAAGGCCGGGCACAAGCUGACAAUACCGCCAUUUGCAGAGAUUAGCGGAGUGCCCAAGGAGAUAGAUGACAGUGUUACGUUUGAAAAGCUGUUUUCGGGAGAGUCGGGCGUAAUCAUUCUGGAAGCAGGCGCGAAGGUCCUUGCAGAGUACUUCAAAACCCUGGCAACGCACAAGAUAUACACUCUUGUGCACAAGGGCGAGCAGGUGAGCAACUACUGGGUGCCUUCCGACAUAACAGAGGAGCAGCUCCAGGGCGUGCUAGAGCGCACAAUGGAGUCCAAGAAGUUCCGAAUAACAGAGAUUGCGAAGGGAAAGGUCCACAUAGAGCUGGAAAAGGGGCAUGUUUUGGCCUAUCUGUCUGCACUGGGAGACAAGACAGAGAAUGUGAACCUGUCUGAAAAGAAGGCGUACAUUCUGCCAGAGUACGUUACGGGCGAGCAGGUUCUGCAGGCCUUGGGCUUGGAGAACAGCGCAGCGCUCACAGCAGACACAAAAAUACUGAAGGCGUAUCCGGGCGUGGAUACUCUUUCAUCCUACAAGAUCACAGCCAGCAAAAUAAGCCUAAAGGACAUGGUUUUGCUGACCGUGCAGGAGGUUGACAAAAAGAUAAAGAUUGAGGCCGUUAUAAAAUACAGCAGCGAGACCAUCGGGUAUCCGUUUAUGAUUGACUUAGAGGCAAAGAAAAGCGCCAUGGAGAUAAAACGGAUAUACGGGCUGGAGGAAAGUGUUUUGAUAAAAUCCACUCCGAUCAAGCAGACGCAGAUAGAGGAAAUGGCGUCGGUGAGGAAACUCUCAAAAACUGAGCGGCUUGUUUUUAGGAUCACUUACUAUCAGAAAUAUCAGCUAAAAUUCACUAGGCUGUAUUUUAGCUACUAA